AUGAUGCGACGAUGUGCGUCGUACGCGAAGAAGGAACACACCUCACCGAUAUUCGAUGUUUUAUUGGUGAGUUUGGAGUGUGUGCGCAUUUGA